CCCUUUCCGAAUCAUUGAAAACCACCAAGAGAAGACGGAGCGACCAUAGCUGUCGUCACUUCUCCAUCGGAUCCCGCAUUCCGUCGUCGACUAUUCUUCCUCUGGACCCACGACCCAUCCUUGGACCAAACAUAACCCAUCUCCGCCAACAUGGCCGAAGAACAAGAAGAUUUCAGCAAGCUGCCCUUGGCCGACCGCUUCGUACACAAGAACUGGAAGGUGCGCAAGGAGGCCUACGAGACUGCGACGACCGAAUUCAAGACUGCACAACCAAGCGACCCUCUGGUCAAGGACUUUGUCGCAGACUCCAACAUCUGGAAGGGCGCUGUCGCAGAUGCAAACGUUGCUGCUCAAGCCGAAGGUCUCAAUGCGCUGAAUGCCUUUCUCGAAAUCGCCGGCAAACCUGGCUGCACUCGCACGCGCAAUUCUACAAUUCAGCCCAUCGUCGAGAAGGGUGUGACCGGUCGCCCAGCCGCGAAAGCCGCUGCCAUCGAGGCCCUCCUUCUUUACGUCGAACUUGACAUCGCCGACCCCGUCAUCGAAGAGCUCAUUCCCCUCCUUUCUGCAAAGACGCCCAAGAUCAUCGUCGCUGCCCUCCAAUCUCUCACUGCCAUCUACCACGCCUACGGAUGCAAGACUGUCGAACCGAAACCCAUCAUCAAGCUCCUACCCAAAGUCUACGGUCAUGCAGACAAGAACGUACGCGCCGAAGCACAGAACCUUACUGUCGAACUCUACCGAUGGCUGAAGGAUGCCAUGAAGCCCCUGUUCUGGGGUGAGCUCAAGCCUGUCCAACAAUCGGACUUGGAGAAGCUGUUCGAAAAGGUCAAGGACGACAAGCCAACACAGGAGAGACUUCUCAGAUCUCAACAAGCUGCACAAGAGGCUAUCGAGGAGGCAGGAGAGGCUCCGGCUGAAGAUGCUGAAGAGGAGGAAGAAGAUGCGAUUGAUCUGGAGCCAGAAUUUAUGGCGGUCGAUGUCAUGUCAAAGGUGCCUGCAGACUUCAGCGACCGUCUCAAUUCAUCAAAGUGGAAGGACCGUAAAGAGGCGCUCGAGGAACUCUUCACCGCCGCCAAUCAACCUGCUAUUCAAGAGGGCCCAUUCGACGAUGUCAUCCGUGGCCUUGCAAAGAGUAUGAAGGACGCCAACGUGGCUUGCGUGACAGCCGCUGCAAACUGUGUCGAAGUGCUCGCAAAGGGUCUGAAGAAGAGCUUCUCAAGAUACCGUUCCACAAUCAUGUCGCCCAUGCUCGAGCGUCUCAAGGAGAAGAAGCAGUCCGUUACUGACGCUCUUGCUGCCGCUUGUGAUGCCGUCGUGUCUGCCACAGGUCUGACCGACAAUCUUGAAGAAAUGCUCGAAGCUUUCAAGCACAAGACUCCUCAAGUCAAACUCGAAUCUGCUCGUGUCCUUGUACGCUGCUUGAAGAAUCUCAGAGAGGUGCCUCCGCCUGCUGAGCUCAAGCCCAUGUCAGACGCUGCCAAAACUCUGCUAGCCGACUCCCAAGCCCCACCUAGAGAAGCUGCCGCUGAGAUUCUUGGUACCUUGUGGAAGAUUAUGACCGACCGCAACAUGCUUCCUCACCUCGACGGCAUUGACGACAUCAAGAAGAACAAGAUCAUGGAAUAUCGCGACAACGCGGAAGUCAAGGUGGUAUGGAAGCCCAAGGCUGCUCCUCCACCCAAGCCAGCAGCGGCUCCCGUAAAGAAGGCCGCUCCUGGAAGAAGACCCGCACCUGGUGUCAAGAAGGCUGCCCCGGCGCCCGUCAGACCUGCUACACCGGAGGAGUCCGCUGCAGCACCGUUGGCUGCUCGCCCAACAAGCCGACCCGGAGUCAAGCCUGGCCUCAAGUCGGGCCUCGCAGCUCCUGGAUCAAAGAUGUUGAGAAAACCUGGCUUGGCUCCACCGGCUGCUUCACCGAGGAGAGCUCCUGUUGAAGAUGUGGACAUGAUGGACGAGGACCCGCCCACGCCAGCUCCAGCACCGCGCUCGGGUCUUGCAGCACCUCGUAGUCUUGCAGCCAGACCAUUAGGCAAGCCGACUAACUCGUUCAGCCAAAGCACAAAUGAGCCACCUCAAGAAUAUGCCCCCCCUCCACAGGCGGCUCCAUCAGUAUUGAGCUUGGCGGAAAGAUCAGAACUAUCGGAUCUACGUUCAGAAGCCGAAUAUCUCCGUUCUCAAAAUAGUGAACUCCGAACGGACAAGAUGAGGCUCAACAGUCAGAUUCACGAACUACAAAACCAGAAUGCGCAACUCAUCGAAGACCACACUCGUGAUGUGCUGGGCAUCAAAGCAAAGGAGACACAAUUGGUACGAGCGCGCAGUGAUGCUGAAGCCGCCGAGGAGCGUGCGGCCGGUCUUGCUCGCGAAGUCGACAGACUGAAACGUGAAGUGGCUCGUCUCGGUCGUGUUGAGCGUGACAACAACCACGACGUACAGAUGCAUAACAAUGGCUACUCUGAAAGCACAAACGGUAUGAGAAACUACGAUACACCUAUGGGCGGCAUGGGCCCACCUCGAUCUCAAUUCGGACGCCAAACUGGCGGCAUGUCCUACUCAUCCUCACAAUCACGGGAGCCUAGCGGCGAGACAAAGGAGCACUACGACGCAGCAGCAGCAGGACUGGAGCGCAUCACAAGCCCUGUCAGCGGAUUCAGAAGCUCCAAUGCAACUUCGAUGGAUCACUCCAGCAGCGGUCGUGCUAGCCCCGCGAGAUCUGGUUUACAGCGCAGCACCAGCGGUAGUAGACCUGGCAGUAACUUGGAGCAGAGCCAUGGUGCAGGUCUGGGUCUCGACUCUGGUAUGCAACGAUUGUCAGUGUCGAGGGCGCAAAGCGGUGAAGGCGCAACUGGUGGCGUUGAAAGUUGGAGACGUGCUGCAGAGGUGACACAAAACCUGAAGGCUAGAAUCGAAAUGAUGAAGGCCAAACAGCAAAGUCUCCAGCGUAACCAUUGAGGAUGAGUGAAUUUGCUAUAUGAUCAAAGAGCAUGGCAAGGAGUAUGGCAGGAUGGCGUCUUUUCUUCGAUACCUUUGACUUUAUCGUCUUCUGUGGCAUGGACAUUGGAGUUUUCCUUGCUUAGAUCAGACAUGGUU